GUAGUGGACAAAUUGACUGGGUGCCCAUACACAUAUUGAAACCUCAAGUACUAAGCACUGUAGCAAGUGUAAGGCUGAUGGAGGGUCGUACGGAUUUGUCGCCACAACUGGACAUGGAGUAUCACGCCCGGAGUCCGGGACUUUCCUCAGAUGAUGAAGUAUCGAGAGAACAACACCAUUAUGCAAUGUCAACAUCAUCAUUUGGCAGUUCUGAGGAAGCGUAUUUCAAAGACAUGAACAACAAACGAAAACACCUACAGACAAAAUGUAUGAACGAAAAUGAACUGCAGGAAUUAAGGUUAAAGAUCAACUCUAGAGAACGGCGUCGCAUGCAUGAUCUCAAUUCAGCUUUAGACGGACUCAGGGAGGUGAUGCCAUAUGCAAAUGGCCCAUCGGUACGGAAACUUUCAAAAAUAGCAACUUUAUUAUUGGCAAAAAAUUAUAUUUUAAUGUUGAACAGUUCUUUGGAUGAAAUGAAAAAGUUGGUAAGUGAUAUCUACCAAGUUCAUCCUGGCAGUCAGCGAUCUAGAGCCCCGCCAGCUCACGUGCAUCCUUCUCACGCAGCCCAUCCCUCGAGCGUGCCGUCCUUGCAUGCACUGCCGUCGUUGUCUCCGCCAAGCAUGUCGUCCGUUCAUCCGCACGACAUAGAACCAACAACGUCCAAGGAGCCUGCCGUAUCCGUGCCAUCAGUCCUACCCCAUGACAGGCAUAUGUUUUCCAAUCGUUGGCCCGUGCCGUGCGCGUGCAGCCAUUGUAUGAUAGACUCGAUGCGAGUGUCUUACUCGACUUUAGCAGCUAAAUACCCCAGUUCUAUGGCUAAUCCGUCGAUGUAUAGAAAAUGAUACAACAGUGCUAUGUGAACAGACAGGAAACAUAAGUGACACUUGUAUGGCAACAAAAACUAUAUCCUCUAGUGAUAACACGAUAUUACUGUUAGUUGACUGAAGCAAUGGAUUAAAGACGGAUAUUUGUAAUUUGUGUCUCAAGGACUUUAAUAGGAAUGUGUGCCUACCACUUCGUAACAGACAAGUGCCUUGCGUGAUAUGGUGGUCCUACAUCGGGUCCCGGCAGUGACCAUUCCUAUUAGUGUAGGUCUCCAUUGAACGUGUUUAUGACGACUGCCGAGAUACCUUUGUGGUUUAGAUAGCACGCCCAUUCUAUUGACAGAGGUGUAUGACUAACGUCUAAAAAGUUACAAGAACGAGACACCCCGAACAAACAAUUUCACAGUUUCCAUUCAAUUUAAAUACCGUAUCCAAAUCAAGUGACUAUUUGUGUUCAUAACCAAAGAAUGUGUUCAAAUAUCAAAGGUGUUUAAUCUUAUUUUCAGUAUAUUUUUUAUGAAUGAACUUUUUAAUGUGAUUGUGUCUAAUUUGUAUAUGUUGAACAGCUGUUAUAUUUUUGUGAAAUUAUCAUGUACAUAAGGCUAUUGGUGAAACGGUUUAUUUUUAAUAAACUUACAGAU